AGCGUUUAUUUGUUUUACGGUCAAACGCUCGCUCCCGACGCGCGAGGCGCUGCUGAGGAGCCGAGAGCAUCUCGGUGACGAAAGGAUGUUUUGCCGUCGAGCGGCUCACGCUGUCGCGAAGCCUGCUGAAAACCGCUUGCAAUGGAGAGGACGCGGAACAACGGCGCGGAUUAAAGUUGUCAAAUACUUCACCGGCCGACUCUCAGCGGGCGUCUUCGUCCACAUGGCAACAUUCAACGGAGAAGGAGUCAACCACCUUUUAGUAGAAGUAAGUCCUGACAUCCACAUCUGUGGCUUCUGCAAACAGCAGUACAACAACGUUGACCACUUUUUUGCACACAAGCAAAACUGCUGCCAGAUCCCGUCUACUCAUAUCUCAGCCCGAAGCGCCGGACCCAGUGAGUCAUUUCAGACAUGUGUACCAAAAGUCAAAAAGCCCCUGACCAAAGCUCAGAAAACCUCCUCCAAAAAGCUGAAGCCUGCACUAAGUCAAAAAAGACACACGUGCACGUUCUCAGGCUGUACGUUCAAAACUCAGUAUGGCCAAAAAGACAUGGAGAGACAUAUUUUAACACAUACUGGUGAGAGGCCUUUCGAAUGUGAACUCUGCCAUAAACGCUUCAGUCGGCGCGAUAAGCUGAAUCUCCACAGCCGUUUGCACACAGGAGAGAAACCGCACAAGUGUAAGUACUGUUCGAACGCGGCGGCCGACAGCAGUAGCCUGAAGAAGCAUCUUCGCAUCCACUAUGAUGAGCGACCCUUUAAGUGUCAGAUAUGCCCCUACGCCAGCCGUAACUCCAGCCAGCUGACCGUUCACCUCCGAUCUCACACAGGUGACGCCCCGUUCCAGUGCAAUCAGUGCGAUGCCAAAUUCAAGAUCAACUCCGACCUGAAGCGCCACACUCGGGUGCACUCCGGCGAGAAGCCUUAUAAGUGCGAGCUCUGUGAGUACCGCUGUGCCAUGAAGGCCAAUUUAAAAUCCCACGUGCAGCUGAAACACAGCGCCUCCGACUCCUUCCGCUGCUCGAAAUGCGACUUUCAGUGCUCCACCAAAGCCGCCCUGCGACACCAUUCCCGCCAGCACCAGCCGGCCCAGCCUCUGCAGUGCAGCGAGUGCAGUUACUCCUGCUCCAGCAAGGGGGCGCUCAAGAUCCACGAGCGCGUGCACUCGGACGAGCGGCCCUUUAAAUGCGAGCACUGUUCGUUUGCUAGUAAGCAGCGGAGUAAUUUGUUAAUACACCGGAGGAAGUAUCACGCUGAUAAGCCGGAUAGGCAGGGACGUGGAAGCGGGAUGGGGGAGGAGCCGCCGAAACCGCUUAGCUCGCGUUAUCGGGCGAGGCUGGAAGCGGCGCGGGCGUUUCGUUGCGACCUAUGCGAGGCUUCGUUCGUCAGGGAGGAUUCUCUUCGCAGCCACAAGAGGCAGCAUAACAGCAACGUGCAACAACAAAGUCAGACUGUGACUUCCGUCGCAACCAACACGUCGUCUUCCUACAGCACCGCGCACCUUAAGAUUAUCAUGGCGCCAUCUAUAGGACCGGAGGCUACUUUCGUCCAAGCUUCCGCUGGAAAGCCUGCGACCGUUCUGCUCGGCCCGGAGGAUCACGACAUGCUUUUGAACCCCGUGAUACAGCACGUCAACAUGCUAGCGCCGGAGUCCGGCCUCGAGCACCAGACGGUUUUGCUCGCUCAAAUCGACUCCGGCGAAAGCGUCUCUCAAAGCGGUACGCAAAACUUCCUCGCCUCCUGUUCUGCAUCCGCUUCCGACGGCACGCACACCUUCAUCACGUCCUGCUCUGACCUGGAGAGCCUCCACAAGCUCAUCCAGGAGGGCGGGACUGAGGUCACCGUGGUUACGGAGGGCACCCCGGCGAUCGCCGCCUCGAAAGAACCCGCGAACAUCGACGGCUCCUCGUCUCAGGAAGCGUCUAAGCGCGCUGAAGAUAGUUUAGACAUGGGUCCACCAGAAACCAUUCUCGUUCAGAGCCUGCCUCUGGCGAUUUCAACCCAGGACCAACAGGCUAACAAGUACCAUCUGUCUCCACACCAUUUAUUUUCGGACUCCGGUACGGUGGACAUCAGUGAUUCGUAGUUACGCCAAUGCCGAGUUUCACUGUGAUACAGACGUUGUACGCCAUAUUGAAUUUAACGCGGAUGAAAAACGCGGCUGUGAGGAAUGCACUUGCAGUUUUACAUUUCCAUGCACUGUAAAAACUUCCUAAGUUGUGUCAUUUUCACAACUUUACAGCUGAUUCAUGUAGUUCUUUCUAAAGAAAGUUGGUCCAUUGAGCGUUCUGUAUUUCUAUUCCUCACAGCUUCAUUUUCUUUCCUUGUAAAUGAAAUACGGCGAUGCCUUGACUGAGAUCUAUCAUAUCAAAGUUAAAAUGAACUUUGUUCGCUUAAUUUCCCGUUUCUUUAUCCAACUAAAGCUUUGUUCAUGUUUUGUUGGGAUUACUGUAUUUAUAAGAAUUCUUUCGGUUUUUCGGUGGCGCACAAAGUAACUCCAUUGAAUAUGGUGUUGAGAUUAAAACCCGGUUUACUUUUAACGGUUCAAACUGCAGCCGUUUUGGUUCAAUCGUGCACAUAUAUGAAAGCUCUGAUUUCUUUCCUCAAAUACACAAAUGUAGGAAACGAAAUGAACCGAAUGCAGUAUAACAUGUAGAGGGUGCCAUGUUGGAUCAUGGAGUCGUUGUUUCAUAUUGAAGUUUUGCAUCAAAUUUAAAAGUGGAUGAAUUGUUUUUUCCCUUUAUUCUGCAGUGAAAUAAACCAUUCUCCUUUUUUAAGUCGUUGA